AUGAUUCUUCUCCUCGUGGGUCUUCGGGUACACUGGCGCGAAGCUCGCGAACAUCGAUUGUGGAACGACCUCUGGAAUCAAGGUCUGCUAUAUCUUCUUGCUGCUGCACUGAUUGACAUACCGGUGGUCGUACUGGUUAUACUUGACGUCGAUCCGAUCGCCACUGCGUUAUCCCUCCAGUUAUUGAUCAUCAUAAUGCCGGUGUGCACAACACGCAUGUUCCGUUUCCUGAACAAGGCUGUGCGAGGGGAGAACGAAGAAACUGACAGGUUUACCGGUAAACCUUUGCCAAACCGAAGUCAGGACCCGGGAGCCGGCCGCGCAAUGGAGCUGGCGCCGAUGUGA